AGCUGCAGCUUGAGCUUACUGAGGCUGUGUUCAUAAAUUUUGAAGUUUAUUAGGAAUUUAGAAAAUAGAGAUCUUAAAAAUUUAUGAUAAGUAUACAAGAAUUUUUAAAAUUUUGUUUUGUCUAGUGAAGUGUUAAAUUACAUUUGAUGUAUGAUAACAUUAGUCAUGUAUGCGUUGUAAUUUUAAAAGAUUUUACGAGAACGGCUAAAAUCUAAGGCUUAGGCCAUCAUCGUACGCUUUAUUGCACCGGCAAAAUGUCGAAGUGGCAAUCAGAACGAAGUAUACAUGAAAUGCUGAAAGAUACCCCUCCUCUUAGAGAAUCCAGUGAUUCAAUCACAUCAGGGACGGAGGCAAAAUUUUCCUCUUCAAGAUCUAUGAGUUUUCCCUCAGCAUAUGUGUCACCAGAGAUGACACCAAAUGGAGCAGCAAACACAAGUACACUUUUGCGAUCUAGCUCAACUAAAUUGGAAAAUCUCAAGAAUUGGAGUGUAUCAACUUACAAGUGCACAAAACAACUACUCUAUGAAAAACUUGGCAAAAGCUCAAGGACUGUAGAUACUGAGUUAGAAGCGCAGAUCGAGAUGCUUCGCGAGACACAACGCAAGUACUUAAAUGUUCUACGGUUGAGUACGGCAUUAGCGGCACAGCUUUCAGCUGCAUCCAACACGCAACGCGCUCUGGGAGAAGCCUUUGCUGACCUGGCACAAAAGUCGCCGGAGCUGCAAACUCAGUUUCUAUAUAAUGCGGAUACACAGAGGUCCUUAACCCGUAAUGGCGAGACAUUACUAGCGGCUUUGCACUUCUUCAACAGUUCGCUGCAUACAUUGGCCAACAAAAGUAUGGAGGACACGCUACUAACAAUUCGACAAUAUGAGGCAGCCAGGGUGGAGUACGACGCAUAUCGUAGCGAAGCGGAAGCAGCGGGCACAGGGGUGGGUGGUAGCGGAGCGGGUGGUGAAGGUGUGGCGGCUCGACUUGAAAGGCAGCGGUCUGUUUAUGGACGACUCCGGGAUGACUCCGCAGUCAAGCUCAAGUUACUCCACGAAAACAGGGUGAAAGUGAUGAAUAAGCAGCUGUUACUGUUCCACAAUGCGAUAUCGGCCUACUUCAGCGGCAAUAACGUUGCCCUAGAGGCCGCUGUACGCCACUUCAGCGUGCCUGGGGCAUUGCCUGUCGCACCCCAGCAACCUCCUGUAACAUCACACCCCAUAGUGACUACGCACCCCUCGGUACCCCACGCCGGUACCCCGCCUUAGGACCUCGCCCUUGCGAUAGGAACGAAUGAGUUAGCUUUUCAUCAUAAUCUACUCAUAAGAAACAUCUACUUUUGCCUACGUAGAGUGAAACUUAGAGUCGUCCAUUAACGGUACGGUAUUUGACAGUUUUAUAUCUAAAGAAAAAAAAGUGCAUUUCCCUUAUCAAAAUUUAAUUAAUUGACUGAUUUACCUUCCUAUUGAUUCUUUAGUGAACUUAUUGAAAUCUUUACUAGUUUAAAUAACUGUUCACUCGUAAUGAACGACUCUGAAUAUUACCCUGUAAGGUACCCUCUCCAUGUAUGUCAAAUAUUUUUUCUCUAUAAACUAUGAUAGGUCUGGUGUGCACAAAAUUAGAUUGUGACUAACACAUGAAACACACCUUUAAGUCAUAGAGAAAAAACAACUGACAGUUUCUAACUUAAAUUUGAUUAAAAUUGGCUAAAAUCAAAGGCAAUAUAGAUGUUUCGACAGUUAUUACAUUCACCUGAAAUAAAAUUUUGCACCCACAAAAAUUUUGUUUCGAAGAAUAUGAUGUCUAAUACUUAUUAGAUGUAUAAUAAAUAAUUAAUAAAAAUGUAAUAAGAUGAAUGAGCUAAAGUUUGUUAAGCAGAUUAUAAGGUUUUGAUCUGACAAUAUAUGACAUUAUUCAUGACUUAUGCCCAAUUUAUCUACCAGAUGUUUUCUGUAGAAAAGACAUGAAGUAUGGACCUACAGUAGUAGAGUGUUGAUUGCAGGCAUGAUGCCUGGUUCACAUUAUUCCAGUCCAGUGCCAAUGUACCAUUCCAAUGAUUAUUCCAGUCCAGUAGACUGUAAUGAUGGUCUAUUUCACAUUGCAGUGCCGGAAUAGUGUGAACAACCAAUCCAAUGCUUGAAUACACAUUUAACAGUGAACACACAUUGUUGUUAUUUUAUGGACUUGAUAGUUCAAAUGAACAAUGAAGUGGAAAUCUAAACUAAUGCCCUGUUUUAUUCCUUGACAAACUACAGAUAUGAUUUGUGAUAUAGAUAAUUUUGGCAACCGAAAUAGAUAAAUGAGGCUUCUGUACCUAUUUCCAGUAGAAAAAAAAGGGAAGACUGACUUGAAUGUAUUGCUAUGUUGAAUAUUAUUUGAAAAAUAUUUUUUUUACAAAAUUUUCUGAUGUCAUUCUCAUUGCCAUUCUGUAUUCUAAGGAAUCUUCUGAUAUUAGCUGUUGCAAAAGCAUUGCAGUCUUCUUUUUAUUUUUAUCACUUAUCCAAUUUCUCACCCAAUUCAGCUUUUUUCUUCUACUUCUACAAGUAAUAGUUAAACAAUUUUCUAAACUUCUGUCUUAAAAGCAUUUUAGCCAUUGUUACCAAUCUAACAGCUUUUGACUGACUGGAAUAAUUACAGCACUGAAUUACUGGACUGGAAUAAUGUGAACCAUUAAGUUAAAUUAAGUUUUUUUUAUAAUGUGUGAGCUCAGUAUUACUAGCAGACAAUGCCAGUUAGUUUUAAGAUUGGAUAAUUUGCUUUUGCAUUCUUGAGAUUAGGAUUGUAUUAACAUUUCUAAUUUAAUAAAAAAAAAAAUUUUUUUUAAUUUAGUAUGGAAUUGUAAUUUUUGUAUGUGACUAGUUUCACAAAAUCUUUUGACUAUCAAUAUGAUAACCAAGUAAUUAUCAUUUAGUGGAUUAAGUCAUUAUCUACAUUUAAGAGAUUUUUUCAUAACUAUGAUUGGCCUUCUUAAUUUUUACAGGAAAUAAAUAUGUCAUCUACUAAUUAGUCAGAUAGCCUGUGAUAGAUUUAAAAUUAAUAAUUUCUCUCUAUAAAGUUGUAUAUUUUAUGUGAGUCCUAACAUUCCUUAUACAAAUAUUUUUUAAAUAUAACAUCAACUGCUUAGGUGUGUAUGUUAAUAGUGGAGUUUAUAGAAGGAAACUAUUUUUCUAUGCUUUAGCUUACAUUUAUUUAAUAAUCCAUUGUUGCAUCAUGCACUAAAUAUGCACAAUUAUAUUUCCUCUAGUCAUAAUCAAUAUAAAUUUUGGCAUGUUGCUUGCACAGUAGACCUUAUAAAGAUUUCUUUUGCAGCCAAUGUCUAUCUAUCGAUUUAGGUCAAGUCAUUGGCUGGGAAUUAUAUUAAGUUUAAGAAAUUUUAUUUAUACUAUGAGUCAAAAACUGUUUAGGAACUAUAAUGUCAGUAAACUUCAGUGACAAAUAUUUAUUUGCUUGUUCUUGGUCUGAACAAAGAUUUUUAUUAUUUUUAAUGUUUGAAACAUAUCUAGUCCGGAGAAAUAGUAUUUUUUUGUAUAAAUAUAAUUGAUUAAAUUUUUGAAACUAAUUAUAGAAUUAAAAUCAUUCUCUUGGUAUGUUGAAUAUUUGUAAUGUUCCUUUGGUGUUUUUGUGAUUAUUUUAUUUCAGAUUUGAGUCACUACUUAUGUACCAACUAAUACUGUACUCUCAGGUUUAAAAAUAUUGUAUCUCAGCUUAAAUUUAUUACAAACAUUCAAAAAUAGACAAUAUAUGUUAUAUAAGUGUUACUAUAUCAAGAAUAUAAUAGAUACUAUCUAUACCGUUGUAGCUAGUCAAAAUGCAUUUCCUUUAUAUGCUUUACUUAUUGUGUAAAAAAGCAUAUUAUGGUUUUUAUUAUAAUGUAUCUUUACAGCUGGGAUCAUUUAUAAUUAUUAUACUUCUGGGCUAAGAUUUACAAUUAAAUGUGUACCAAGCAACUUAUAAAGAUGACAAACAAUAUAAGGCUUUAUGUAUGAGAUUUGAUAGUGUUUUAUUCACAUCAUAUAAAUACAGUGAAAACUGUUUACGACUACAUCAUUUAAAACAACAUACCAGUUAUUUAGACUAAAAUGAAAGGUCCCAGCUGAACUUUAUUGUAUUAGGUUCUUAAUAACAAUGUCAUCAGCAGUUAUAACUUGGUUUUUAAGACAAAAUAUGUGUAGUCCCUUCUAUAUAGACUACUAUUUUUACGUAUUUAGUGGACUAUUCAGGACUACUUUGCAAAUAAAUGACAAGUUACAAAAAAUGAUGUCUUUUAAGAAUGUGGGCAAUGAGUAAUAAAUAUUCAUAUUUAACA